AUGAAGUGGAUGAAUAAUGUGACAGAAUUCAGCCUCCUGGGCCUGACAGAGAACACGGAGCUUCAAAAACUUUCAUUUGCUGUGUUUUUAAUUGUCUACUUGGUUACCCUGUCAGGCAACCUGCUCAUCAUGAUCACCAUCAGCACCAACAAGUCUUUAGGGUCCCCCAUGUACUUCUUCCUGUCUUACUUAUCCUUUAUUGAAUGCUGCUCUUCUUCAUCCGCGGCCCCCAAAAUGCUAGCUGCCAGUCUUACAGUGAGAAAAACCAUCUCUUUUGGUGGGUGUAUGACUCAAAUCUUUGCUGUGCAUCUUUUUGGUGCUGCUGAGAUCAUCCUGCUGACGGUGAUGGCCUAUGACCGCUACGUGGCCAUCUGCAAACCCCUGCACUACAUGACCAUCAUGAGCCACAGGCUGUGCAUUCUUCUGGUGAGAAUAGUCUGGGCUGGAGGCUUUCUCCACCCAACCAUUCAGGUCCUCUUCAUAGUCUGGCCGCCCUUCUGUGGCCCCAAUAUCCUAGACCACUUAUUGUGUGACUUGAUUCCUUUAUUGGAACUUGUUUGCAUGGACACUCAUACCUUUGGUCUCUUUGUUGCUGCUAACAGUGGAUUCAUAUGCUUGUUAAACUUCCUCCUCUUGGUGGUCUCCUACAUGGUCAUCUUGCGCUCCCUAAGGGCCCAUAGCUUGGAGGGGAGGUGCAAAGCCCUUUCCACCUGUGCCUCUCACAUCACAGUGGUCCUUUUACUCUUUGUGCCCUGCAUAUUUGUGUAUCUGCGGCCAGUGACUACCUUCUCCAUUGAUAAAGCUGUGACUGUCUUUUAUACCAUGAUCACUCCUAUGUUAAACCCCUUAAUCUAUACCCUUAGAAAUUCAGAAGUGAAAAAUGCUAUGAAGAAGCUCUGGCAUCAAAAAAAUGACUUCAAGUAAGAAAUAAGCACAGCAACAUAAAAUGACUUUAUUCUUUAAAUGAUGAAGAGA